AUGAAUGACGAUGACUACUUUGAUAACCCGUUUUACUUCGCCAGUUUAGUCGACAAGGAGAAAGUCUGGGGAGAUGAAGGGGUUGGUAAAGAGGUUGGUUCAGACGAGGAGGAGGAGGAGCCCGGCGGCGCAUGCUUGGCGCGUUCAUCGUUGAGAAUUUGGGAAUUUUGUGCUGGACCUGAUUUAAGGAGGGACAAUAUAAAUAAAGUUUCAUGUGUGGAUGGAUUUUAUGAUGCGCCACCCCUCUCAGGCGUCAUCGGCCUAUCCCAGCGCGCGGGGAAAAAACCGAUCAUCUGCGCCAGCAACAGCCUCGUUUACGGCGGCGGCUGCGAGAUCGUCAUCACCAGCAAGCGCGGGGCGAAGUUCGCGUUACCAGAAGUCAAGCGCGGCGUCGUCGCGUUGGCGGGCGGGCUGACGAGGCUGCUGCGGAGCGUGGGAAAGCAGCGGGCGAUAGAGAUAGCGUUGACGGGGAGAGUGGUCCCGGUUGAAGAGGCAGAGCGGUGGGGGAUUGUUAAUGAGGUUGUGGAGGAUGGCGAGGAGGCGGAUGAUGUGGGCGUUGGGGAAAGGAGGGUGAUGAAGCGGGCUGUAGAGGUUGGGGGGAGAUCUGUGGCGAAUAGUCCCGACACGGUGAUUGUGAGUCGGGAGGGGGUUAAGUUGGGAUGGGAAGGGGUGGGCGCCGAGGAUGCGAGUCGGAUGUUGAUGACGGAUGGGCAAGGCGGUUGA